AUGGUGGACAAGAAGUUCGACAACGAUGUCGCACAAUUCUGUGCGAUUACUGGCGCGUCGACUAAGGACGCAAGGGAUUUCCUGAAACAUCACAAACGACUAGAUGUUGCCAUAGACGCCUACUAUAAUAACCCCAAUGCCUUCUCUGGGAGACGAAAAACGGACUCAUCUACACCAUCAACCAGCAAACUCAGCCAGUUGUUCGACAAAUAUAAAGACCCCGACGGGGAUGACAUAACCGUAGAAGGGACGAUCAAGUUUUGCGAAGACCUGGAAGUUGACCCCGAGGAUGUCGUCCUCUUAGCAGUUGCUUACGAGCUUAGCUCGAAGCGAAUGGGUCAAUGGACGAGGCAGGGGUGGAUAGACGGGUGGAAGAACGUCGGAACCGACUCGAUAUCUGGAAUGAAAGACUCAUUAUCGAGACUGCGAACCCAACUCGCAUCAGAUCCGGUCUACUUUCAGAAAGUCUACAAUCACACCUUCGAUUUUGCGCGUUCAGAAGGACAACGGAGUCUUGGCACUGAGACCGCGCAAGCUUUCUGGGGUCUUCUUCUCCCUCACGGAUUUGAAGGCGGGGCUUUGACCAAGAAGCCCCCCAGCGAUGGUGAUGGUGACGUCAGCAUGGACGACGGAGGUGGCUGGCGGGAGGAAUACAACCAGUGGUGGUUCGACUUUUUGACCCACAAAGGUGGGAAGGGAGUCAGCAGAGAUACUUGGGUUAUGUUCCUUGACUUCGUCCGCUCCAUCGAUAGCAACUUCUCAACCUAUGACAUGGAAGCUGCUUGGCCCUCGACUAUAGAUGAUUUCGUGGAGUACGCGAAGGAGCGGUUGGCGACCGGUCCUCAUUGA